GCAGAGGAAAGUAAGGGCCUCAAGGUGUUCAACCUCCGUGCCAGGGACCUGGACAGCAGCCUGCUGGGGACCGCUGAUGCCUACGUCGAGGUGUUCAGGGCAUUCGGCUUUCUUGGGAGGACAGAGGUGAAGAAAGACAACACUGACCCCUGGUGGGAAGAGGAGUUCAGCUUCCUCAACGCCCGUGAGAACAACACCUUGAGGAUGGAGGUGUACGACAGCGACGUGGUCUUGGACGACCUGCUGGGGACCUGCGAGCACUCCAUCAAGAUGGGAACCUACCAGCAUCAAUGUUUCCUCAAGAAGGGUGGGACCCUGCACUACUCCUACACCCUAGAUCCUCUACAGUAGACCCUGUACUACUCCUACACCCUAGAGCCCCUACAGUAGACCC